UUCUGGAUCUGAAUAUGAAACAACUUCACCUCAGCUAAAAUGCUGUCCUACGAUGAUUUCUACGACGAUUUUAUAACAGCUGGCAAGCAUGUUUCUACUAUGAAUCUAAACGGAUCAUCCUUUGUCGGAGGCGUUUUAAUUUUUACCAAAACACUGACAGGAGAAUCAGUUGAAUUGCUGGAAGAACCGAAGUCAAACAGGACUACUGAUAUAAUUGAUGUGAAGGUCGUUCAAGUAGCAUUCUGUAUUCUCUACUCAAUAAUUUUCGUCCUCGGAGUAUUUGGCAACGUAUUAGUCUGCUAUGUGGUCUUCCGGAAUCGAGCGAUGCAAACCGUCACCAAUCUUUUUAUAACAAACUUGGCUUUAUCAGAUAUACUGCUAUGCGUUUUCGCUGUACCUUUAACACCUAUGUACACAUUUCUCGGAAGAUGGGUAUUCGGGAGGCUACUUUGUCACCUCAUGCCAUAUGCGCAGGGAACGAGCGUCUACAUAUCCACCCUCACUUUAACAUCUAUAGCCAUAGACAGAUUCUUCGUCAUCAUAUACCCAUUUCAUCCACGAAUGAAACUCAACACGUGCGUCUUCAUCGUAAUUUUCAUAUGGGUGUUCUCUUUAGUAGUCACCUGCCCCUAUGGUCUGUUCAUGGGUAUACAGAUAACUAAUAACAGAACUUAUUGCGAGGAGAGUUGGCCCUCCGAUAAGUCAAGGAAGAUAUUCGGUGUCUUCACAACUGUUUUACAAUUUCUUAUACCAUUUUUAGUGAUAGCUAUUUGUUAUACAUGUGUUAGUAUAAGAUUAAACGACCGCGCUCGAUCUAAGCCAGGUGCUAAAAAUACUAGGAGAGAAGAAGCAGAUAGAGAUAGGAAAAAAAGAACUAAUAGGAUGCUUAUAUCAAUGGUAGCCAUAUUUGGUAUGUCGUGGCUACCUUUGAAUCUUAUUAAUAUAUUUAACGAUUUUUACGCACAAAUGACUGAGUGGAAUUAUUAUUACGUUUCAUUUUUCCUUGCUCACUCCAUGGCGAUGGCGUCAACUUGUUACAAUCCAUUUUUGUAUGCGUGGCUAAACGAGAAUUUUAGGAAAGAAUUUAAACAAGUACUGCCUUUUUUCGAAGCAUCUGGAGCUGUUAGAAACAGUUACCAUUCAGGACGAAUGCCAACUCAUAAGGCUGAUAAAAUAUGCAAUGGCAAUGAAACUAUACAAGAAACUUUGUUAGCAUCUUCCUUCAACAGAGGCCCCUCAAUUAAGCAAAGAAUGCUAGAAAAUAACGACAAGAAAGACAAUGGGGUUGAAAUUGAGAACAUUUUGUUAGAAGAGAAAACUAUAUCAGCCACAUUUCAUACAAAGACUGAGAAUAUUAACUUGCAAUUAAUAGACGAGGAAUCGCACUUUAGCGACAUCAAAGAAGUAAAGCCAGCAAUAUAAAAACGUCAACAUCGUCACAGUCACACUCCGCGACAGUAGCGUACAGAAACAUACAGUAACAAAAAGAUAUGAUUAUAUGCAGCGCAAAAUCACUCGCAACGAGCAUCAACGUUCUUGCUUUACAUUUUAAUGACAUAAAUUAAUCGAACGGGCAAUCGUGAUAAAGCCGUUGUUACUUUAAGCUGAAAACAGACAGACAACGCAACAGGCUUUAUUUUGCGAAAUUCCAUGAUGUA